ACGAAUGUUUUCUUAUCGUUAUUGUUUCAAGUGUAUCUACAAUCAAGCAGAAUUUCACAAGGACUAGGACUCGUAGCGCCACUACAUCAUGCAGGAACGACAACACAUUUCUAUAAACCCUUAGCAACAAAAAUAACAAAUAUAUGACGUAAUAGAUAAACAAGGAUCAUGCGAGGAAGGAAGAUAAGUCGGGGAAAACAGACUCGCUGUGGAAUACCACGAAGCACACAUAAGAGUGGAGUGUUAACAAAAGAAACGUUUACAAGGCUUGUUUUUAAUCUACAGUGAGAAAGAGAGAGAGAGACUAUCCUACUUCGAAGUGCAAUAUCAUUUCACAGAAGGAAAGAAAAUUGAUCACUGAUAUAAGGAUGCUGCGUUCAAUAAUCUUCAAAAAUUGGGUUCACUACCAUGAAUUCCAACGUUUAGAAUUCAGUGAGGGACUAAAUUUGAUUAUUGGAGGCAAUAACAGUGGGAAAUCCGUAAUUUUUGAAAUCAUAAGGCGUUGUAUGUCUACCAAUUUGAGUGCAACUAUCACUUCCUCAUACGGAGAAAGCAACAGGUCAUUUGCAAUAUGUAAAUUUUCGAAAGUGCCUGGAUUGGGAGUGCUAUUCUCUGGAAUAUGUAGAUAUUUGGAAGAAGAAACUAGGCAAUUUAGCUAUGUAAAAUUCAUCAUAUACAAAUUAACAGAUGAGAUAUACAGUUGUUGCGCCAAUAAAUACACUUGCAAAGAAAAUGUUUUAAUGGAGGACACGGUUUUGGCAUCAGAAAAGCUGGAUAUUACUAAUGAAACAAAAUGGAAAUGCAUCUAUAACUUUUUAAAAAAUGAGGAACUCCCGCAAGAUGUGAAUACUUUUGAAGAAGAGAUUGUUAACUUAUGCAAGGGUUGUGACUUUCAAAUAAAAGAAGAAAACGAGUGCCAAAACAAACUGAAAGAGUUAGAUAACAGAUUUGUAGCAACUUUUCCGAUGCGAUCUAUUGGUCCUGCGCAGUGGACUAAAAGCAGUAGAGUAAAUGCAAAGCUACGAGUGGAAAACGAAGAAUUGACUAAUGAGAGAGCAGAGAUAAUCCAUUCUCUUUUUGUGAAUGAAAUGAGUGGUUUUGAUAGGAAACUGUCUGAUGAAAACCUCAGGAAACUUACUCACCCAAAACAGUACAGACUUAGUCGAGAAGAAAUUGGAGAUAAAACUCACGUCAGAAUAAAUGAUCAGAGCCUCUUGAGAACCCCAGAGGGUAUUGUAGAAGCGGUGCAAUUUGCUCUUAUUUCCUCUUGUAAAGAUUUCAAUACCAUAUGUUUAGAAGAACCAGACAGAGGAAUGCAUACACAAAUGGUAGAACGUCUCUGUGAUAUCAUUUCCGGAUCAAAGGAUAAAGUAUUUCUGAUAAUUUCCCACAAUACUUCAUUCGUUAACCGUUGGACGAUACCUUUUACAUUUGUCUGUGUUCCAGAGAGAAGCAACCAACAAAAACCCAUACAUCGUGUGAUAUCCCUGAAAUUGUUAGACGAACCUAUGAAAGCUAAUGUCCAAACACUUGCUGAUACUGAUGAUCUGAGAAAAAUCCUUUUCUCCUCCAAUAUCCUCUGCGUGGAGGGAAAGGUAGACAAGAUUUUGAUUUAUGCUCUUUUUGACUAUCUUAUAGACCGUGUUAAUCACAAUGAUUUCAUCCAAAUUGGUGAAAUAGAAAUAAGUCGCAAUGAAAUACAUUAUAUUUCAAGUCAUCAGAUUGUUGCAUUGGGUUCUCACACGAUGGAAGGACCAGUAAGGAGGUGUUGUGAGAUAUUAGAGGUCAAGUGCACGAGUCUAUUAGAUUUAGAUGCAUUUGUGAAAAGCACAGACAAAAAGAAAGAGAGCCUGGUACGAGUCCAAUUUGAAGAAUACGAACGUGCAAGUUCUUUUGAAGAUUUAAAAAUAUUUUGCGAAACUCAAGAUGGAUUUAAGAAAUUAGCUAAAUUGAAAGAAGAAAAGAGAAUUUUUUUCUGGAAGGUGGGGCGUUUGGAAGAAGUAAUACUAAAAUGUUUGUCCAACGAACAAAUCAAGAAACAUUUUAAAUCUGAAACUGAUUUAAGGCAUCUCUCGGAAUGGGAUUCUGCGGAUAAAAACAUGAAAAAGAGCCUUAAAAAAUGCCUUCUUGGUUUGCCUAGACAUGGAUUCAAAGCUCUAAUACAGGAUUUGGUUGAGUUCCCCGAAAUUGUAAGGUUCAUCAAUUUAAUGAAACGAAUGUACAGCGUAGACUCAAUUGAAGCCAAUGUCGAAUUCUGAAUUGACGACUAAAAAUCCCAAAGACUGUUUAUCAUGAAUGUAUAUAACAUCAACGAGGCUGCAUUGUGUUGUUAGUGAUUUAGUAGUAGGUAGUGCAUUUGGAAAAAAAGAUGAAUAUUUUCUAUACACGAUCGAUAAAUUUGAUAGCUAAGUACAUUUUAAGAGUAAACUAGGAGAUGUGAUCGAUCGAUCGAUCGUGAUGACUAAGUAUAGACCCGGAAAUAUGAUCGUUCGAACCACAACAGAGACACAGUGUAAGAAAACGAAUGAUUGAUUGAUUGAUUGAUGUUUUCCGCUACACUCAACAAUUUUUCCGUUAUCUGGUGGCGCCCAGUUUUUAUUGGUGGGGUGGAAAAGAGAACCCAGAUACAAUGUACCUGGGAAGAGACCACCGACCUUCCGAAAGUAAACUGGGAAACUUUCUCACUUACCGGCGCGAGCGGGAUUCGAACCCGCGCCGACCAAAGGUGAGAGGCCGUGUGAUUUUGAGCGCGAUGCUCUAACCACUCGGCCACGGAGGCCCGUAUUCCAAAAAACACGGAGCCGUAUGAAGUUCAGGGCAGUAUUCACUGUCAUGAUCGUGUGCAGGAUUGGACAAAACAAGAUGGCAGACGGCAUUUCCAAACAAAGGUAGGCUCUUAAAACUCUUCAUUUUACCGACUUAUUAGACGACGAAUUUAUGAAUUUAAAACACUGCCUGGCCAGGGAGGCAUCAUUAAGUUGAUUGGUUGUUGGAAUUUUUACUCAUGUACACGUACAACUCUAAAUUCAUUGAUCGAAGUUGACGAUGUUGCCUCGAUAGAAUCCGAAGCGGGCGAAGAUGUUUCUAAUCAUGUUUUCAUGCAUUUUAAGAAAGAUACUUUCGGUAAAAUAGACUCUGCACAUAUCUUUUGAUGAAAACUUCAACCAGUGUAUGCGAUUUGUCCCUUAAAUUGCCUUGGUUAGAUAGAUAUCUUGACUUGAACAUUUGCUAAUGUGCAGGAUUGGACUGUGGUCGUUUCCACGAUAAACGUGCCGGAUUGGACCUCGAUUUGGGUUCAGGAUUGGACCCUUUCUUAAAUACAUGCAUUUUUUCUCUCCCUUGCAUGAAAACAUCUUCGCCCGCUUCGGAUUCUAUCGAGGCAACAUCGUCAACUUCGAUCAAUGAAUUUAGAGUUGUACGUGUACAUGAGUAAAAAUUCCAACAACCAAUCAACUUAAUGAUGCCUCCCUGGCCAGGCAGUGUUUUAAAUUCAUAAAUUCGUCGUCUAAUAAGUCGGUAAAAUGAAGAGUUUUAAGAGCCUCCCUUUGUUUGGAAAUGCCGUCUGCCAUCUUGUUUUGUCCAAUCCUGCACACGAUCAUGACAGUGGUAUUUCUGUUGGUGAUUUAGCCGGAUUUGAAAUGAAAUAUUUAGGGUUUGUUUUGUGAACCAGACGUUGACCCUACAUUAGACGCAGGAUUGUUAGUGGCAGCUGAAUCGGCGACCAAAAAAGCUAUUGAUGCCUUCCAGGUUUUAAUGUCGAAAGGACGAACAUUUCAAUAUCAAGAAAAAAUGUUCAGGUUGGAAUAGGAAACACACUAUUUAUUUAUCUUUGCCUAAUGUUAACAACAAAUUAACAACUCCACUUUGUGGCAAACGGGAUGACUGGAUACUUACUCCUCCUAUGUAUCUGAUCCCACCUUAAGUGGGUCUGGGGAUCAGUGUUCGUUCGUUGCGGUGGUUCAGUGGUAAAGCGUACGUUUCGUAACCUGGAGGUAGUGAGUUUGAGCCCCGCUCGUGCCGGGUGUAACUAAAACAAGGAACAGAAAACGAAACGGAAGACGGAACGGAACGGAAAAUAUUGUUUGCAAUAAGUAUGCUGAAAUUACAGAGAGAGCGGAAAGUCACCCACAGUAUCCACCGUUUCUUAUAUUUCAUACUAAUGCAUAUGUAUUUUAAAAUUAUUAACUUACCAUGAAAAAUAUUAAUAAAGACAACAAAAUAAUCAUUCUGAAAAAGACUUGAAUUUUCAAAUAUUAUAUCCAAUGAAUAAAAGCCCCCCCCCCCCCCUCCCAACAACAACAACUUUGUAAAAGAUAAAAUAAUUUUUUAUAACAAUUUUCCCCAAACAUAUCCUUGUUCAAUCGAACUUGCUUUUAUUCUUAAUUCAGUUCUACACCUGGGCCGGGAUUCAUAAAAACAUUUAAGUUUUACACUUAAAAGUCUACUUAAGUACUAAAUGAGUACUUAGUUAAGUAAAGCUACUUAAGUAUAAUUCAUAAACUCACUAAGUGCUAUACUUAACUAAGUAAGACACGCGACACUUAAAUAUAUCUUAAGUGCUGAAAGGGGGGGGGGGGGCGUGUUUAAAAAUAGAUUUCGGUACAGACGAUAGAAGCAAAAUGGCGGAUCAAAUAACAGACGAAAAGAGAGGAAAGAAGAGAAAGGCAAACUGGAAGCAGGACGAAUGUCUGAUGCUGGUGACUAUGGUAAAUGAGAAGAAGAACAUCCUGAGGUCAAAGUUAGGUCCCAGCUUAACUUCAAGAAUGAAGAAGGAAGCUUGGGAAGAGUUGACAGAGCAACUGAAUGCCUCCGCCGUUAAUACACAGAGGACAGUGGAGGAAGUGGAAAAGAAGUGGCAGAAUCUUUUGUCAACCUCCAAAGCAGAGAUUUCCAGCUAUAGGAAAACAACAAAUGGAACAGGCGGAGGACCUCCACCCAAACCCCUGAGUGCCAUAGCCGAGACAGUGCAGAUGGUGAUUGGGGAAGAAAAUGCCAUCAUUGAUGGAGUACAGGGAGGGAUUGACUCUUCCUUGCUUCAAUUGCUGACCAAUGAUGGGAACAUUUGUAAUGUUCAGAUUGUUCAGAGUGAACCUGAGUUCAGCACGACAUCGCCUUCUAUCAUACCCCUCUCACCAAGAUUGCCAUUGCCAGCUCCUCUACAUGUUCCUUCAACCUCUUCCUCUGUGCCAGCAGGAAAUACAUGUACAAGAUGCGCCCAAGCCCAGACAGACAACCGCGACAGACAAAGUGAAAUAGAGGAAAUGACAAUUCGGAAACUUCAUCUCGAAAUUGAAUAUUAUGAGAUGAAAUUGAAAAAAUUGAAGGAGGAAUAGGUGAUGAUGAUCUGUAUUAAAUUUUCGAUUAAUGAUAAAUAACAAAUAGGUAUUUCUUGUGACAAGAACUGUUUACUUGUACAAAAGAUUUGAUCUUCUGACAUUGACAUUGGAGUUUGACCUACUUUUAAAAAAAAAAAUUAACCUUGAAGUGGUGCAUUGCUUUAAUGACAAACAUCCAAAAGCGGUGGAUCAUAAUUCUUGAUUUUUACUUGUUUAUCUUUAAUUCAAUCUUGUCUGAAUAUGAAUUACACAUGAAAUACAUAAAUCUCAUUAUAUGCAUUAAAUGCAUAUGUAUAUAAUUCACAUAAUUGCAGAUCUUGUUUAAAACUGCAUUUGAUAUUUUUGUUCAUAUUUUUGUUUCAUAGUUUGGGACUCUGCCAAUAGGCAAAUGUCCUAUAGUAAUGACUGUUUGCCUGUGAAUCCUGGUGACUUUGAAAUAUUUUGUAAAUAUUCACUGUUUUUUAUACUGUAUUUUAGUACAUGUUCAAAUUAAGAAGUUGUUUUUGGUUUUAAGAAAAAAAAGUACUUAAACACAAA